AUGCUGUGCCAUAAUUCUACAGAAAUCGAACGAACUAAACAGAUACGUGAACACGCUAUCGCUACGAAUGUAGCAAAGACGUUUACAGAAAGUCUCCCAGCAGACCAAUCAAUGUCAUAUGCAUCUUUAUCUACACCCGAACCUGACCUUACUGCUGCUACGUCCUCAACUGAUCGUAGAGGAAAAUCAUCUCCAUCAGCUUCAUCUGUAUCAGCAAUUGAUCCCAGAAAAAAGUCUUCUUUAUCCCGUUGGUUUAUGCGACUAUUUAAAGGCAAAAGUGUAUCUGAGGACACUGGAGUAUCCACCAAUGGAAAAGGUGUGUCUCAGGACACAGGGGUAUCCACUAAUGGAAAAGGUGUAUCUGCGGACAUAGCAGUAUCCACCAAUAGAAAAGGUGUAUCUCAGGAUACAGGAGUAUCCACCAAUGCAAAAGGUGUAUCUCAGGACACUGAAGUAUCCACUUAUCAACUACAUGAAAUGCGUAAGAAAGUCAUUGACAAACUUGCAAACAAGAGUUCUGGGCCGAGUGACGUAACUUGUAUAUGGGACUAUGCCGGUCAACUUGAAUAUUAUAUUACUCACCGGUUUUUUCUUACAGAUGGCUCAUCUUAUGGAGUUGUAUUCAGUUUGCUAGACGCUUUGGAUGAAUUAGCAAAGCCAAGAGAUCCCCAAAAAGGAUUUCUUGAGAUGACAAAUCUUCAAUCGAUCUUAUUUUGGAUAAGGUCAAUAUUUGAACAUGCUGUACUGCUACAUGGCUCUGAAUCAAAGAAUGUGAUCAAAGGAAUGAUAGCAUCACCGACGAUUAGUCUAAUUGGGACGCACAAGGAUCUACUACCGGGAAGUGAUGCUGAGAAGCAGGCUAAGGUGAGAUACAGUAUUGUAGAUCUGUGA